UUAUAUAAUAUGUUUCCAGUUGACUCAACUACUCAAGUCAUUGGGGUUGAACCCAUGAACUUAUCCUUGCAUUUCCUGGAAAAAGCUUGGUUGAAACUUCUUUGCAGAAACUCAUCCCUGGAGAAAUAGAAAAUUGUGUUGUCCCAACUCUGGUUAUGGAAGAAGCUCACAGUUGUACCAGACAUAACGGUCAUUUUGAGUUCAAUCCCCUGCCCGUGGCCGGAUCGUGUUUAGCUGUUUCAUGAACAGAGUUCAGAAAGAAAUAGAUGGCUGAUAUUUUGCUUGUAGCUGCUAUCAAGAAAACUGUGGAAAUAUCCAGCAAGCUAGCUGUUGAAGAAGGGUCUCGCCUGUUUCGAUUAAGAGAGGACAUCAAUUGGAUGGAAGGGCAAUUGAGACACAUGAAAUCCUAUCUUGAAGCUGUUGAGGCCUCCAAUGGGGAUGACUCUAAAGUUAUAAACUUGACAAAUGAUAUCAAGGAGCUUGCACGUGAUGUGGAAGACAUUCUGGAGAAGUUUGCUCCACAAAUAGAAUCAUUUAGCUACCUCAAGACAGUUGCUUGCAUUUUUCCUUACUGUAACACUGCUUAUAAGUUUUCUCUGGAAAUUGAAAAAAUCAAGGGUAGGAUCAAGAACAUUGAUGACAAUCGAAGAACUUUUGGCAUCAUGGAUACCAGCCGCUCUGUUGAUGCUGAGAAUUGGGACUUGAGAAGGUCUUAUCUUCAUGCUGAUGAACCAGAGGUGAUUGGACUAGAUGAUGAUUGCAAGAAUUUAGAGGCCAAAUUGCUUGAUGAAAGACAAGAGCACAGUUUCAUCUCCAUCAUUGGUAUGCCAGGUUUGGGCAAGACAACUCUUGCAAAGAAGAUUUACAAUCAAGUUCAACCUCAUUUUGAUUGUUCAGCCUUGGUCUAUGUUUCCCAGGAGCCCAACAUAAGGGAACUUCUCAAGGGCAUAGCUAGACAAGUCGGCUUAGAUCAGAAUGAGGGCAGCAGCUUGGAAGUCGACCUAUGUUCAUUUUUGCGGGAAAAGAGGUACAUAAUUCUCUUCGAUGACAUUUGGGAUAAUAGAUCAUGGGAUGCCAUAAAAUAUGGCUUACCUUACAACGCAAAAAGUGGCAGUAGAGUUAUUAUUACUUCAAGAAACAAUGAUGUGGGUAGAUAUAUUGGAAGUGAGUGCUCACUUUAUUGCUUGCAACCUUUAGAUUCUGAAAACAGUUGGAAACUGUUUUGCAAACAAAUCAUGAUUUUUGAAACAAACCUUACUUACCCAAAAGAAUUGAAGGACAUUGGAGAGCAGAUAGUGGGAAAAUGUGGUGGUGUGCCUCUUGCUAUUGUAGUAACUGCAGGUAUGUUGCGUGCAAGAGAAAGAACUGAAAAUGAAUGGAAACAAGUACUUGUGAACAUAGGUGAGGAUGAUAGAGAUGAAUGCUCAAGGCUUUGUGCUUUAAGUUAUAAGGAUUUACCCACUGCAUUGAAAUCUUGUUUCCUCUAUUUCGGGCUCUUCCCCAAGGAUCAUGAAGUUCUAGCUUUCGAUUUGAUGAAUAUGUGGAUAGCUGAGGAAUUAGUAAUGCAAUCAAAUGGGGAGCAAGAAGUAGAGGAGGUAGCAGAAAGCUUCCUCAACAAGUUACUGGCUCGAAACUUGAUCCAUGUUGUGGAGAGAAAAUAUGAUGGGAGGAUCAAAACUUGUCGAAUGCAUGGUAUUUUACACAACUUGUGUGUCAGAAUAGGCAGGGACAAUAAAUUCUGUCAUUUACUUGGUGCAAAAGAAUCAUGGUCUUCUCUCAAAGGUUUAAGAAGAGUUGCCUGUGAUACAAAGAGGACUACAGAGAAUAUCAACUUACAUUCUCAAAUUUCUAAGGUUCGUGCUCUCAUGUGCUUCACAGAAAACAAAGAUGAUUACAGCCCUGAGAAGAAGUUUUUUAAAUCUAUUUCUAGCUUUAGGUAUUUGCGAGUUUUAAUCCUACAAUUUGAUAAUGGAUUUACUUCAGGACAUUUUCCAGAUGAGUUUUGGAAUUUGAUUCAUCUAAGCUAUAUCAGAUUUCGAGGAGUAGCUCUAGGAAUUACUAUGAAUGUAAGCAAUCUGAAAAAUUUACUCACAUUGGACAUUCAAGAUUGCGGAGCAUCUCUCGAUAUUUUAAAGAUGAAACAGCUUAGGCAUCUUCUUCUGAGUGAUAUGGAAAUGCCAAUGCAGCACUAUAAUUGCAUGUGUCAUCCAGCUUCCUCAACAGAAGUGUGUUUGGAGAAUCUUCAAACUCUGAAGUGGGUUAGCAGUGCAGUGCUAGAACAGAUAGGAAUGCAUAAUCUCCCCAAUUUAAGAAGGCUGGGGAUAGAUGAUCUUUCAAAAAACACAUUUGAGAGGCUCUGCUGUCCCGUUCCUCCAUUAGAGAAGCUUGAGGAACUUACUCUAAACAUGGUUGGAAUGGAGACGCUCCCACGAGAGGUUAGGGGAGAACGAUGGAACCUAUCCAGGUACCAAAGUCUUGUCAAACUACAUGUUAACGGGCAUGUGUUUGAGCUUCCCAACGUGGAGGGAUUUCCGCCAAAUCUCGUGAAGUUGUCUUUGCAUUCCUUUAAUGUCAAUGAGGACCCGAUGAGGACGCUUAAACAACUGCCUAAGUUAAAGAUCCUCAAACUUGAAUCUUAUAUCUGGGCUGAGUUAUCAGUGAUGGAUUGCUCUGGAGCUGACAGCUUUCCUCAACUUGAAAUGUUGCAUAUCCAUUCUUUUCAAUAUCUAAAAGAGUUGAUCUCUGAUGAUGUUGGAUUGCCUAAACUGAAGAAAGUAAUCAUCAGGAAUUGUGGGGAUGUUCAGAAAAUCACCGGGCGGAUUCAGUCUGUGAUGGGGAAGAGCCAAUCUAGUGACAUAUUAGAAGGAGCUCAGUUGCCUAUUAUAGACCUGUGAUAUUUCAUCCUUGGGACAAAAGGUAGAAUCACCCACCCCAACGCCCUACACCCCGGCCCGACAGGUGUGAGACGACAUGAAUAGAUAGGCCGAAUGG